UGAGAGCUGGGGAGGCGGAGCGGCGCGGCCAAUGGGGCGGGGAGGGCGGGGCCCGCGCGCCGCCGUUACCGUGUCGCGCAGGAGGAGGCGGCGGCCGCCGGCGGCGCCGCCAUCAUGAGUUACUCAGGUUAUGGAGACUGGAACUCGGGGACAAAUCGAGGUUAUGAGGGUUAUGGUUACGGCUAUGGCUACGGUCAGGACAACUCGGGGAGUUACGGCUACGGCGUCGCCGCCUCCAAUUCGUGGGAAAUGGGCAAUUCGGACGUGGACGUGAACCCCGAGGGCUCCGGAGGCGCCGAAAUGGGGAAGAUGAACCAGCGCUUGGACAUGGUGCCGCACAUGGACGCCGACGCCGUGCCGGGCGGGCACUACGACAGGUACGACUCGUACGACCCCUACGACUCCAGAUCUCCAAUGAACGACCGCAACAUGUACCGCUCCGGCUACGACUACGACUACACCGAAUCGGAACACGACAACGACAACGCCUACGAGGGGCCCUACGAUAACUUCUACGGGAACCGUCGCGAGCAGUAUCACAACCGAUACAACCGGGACAACUUUGCUCAACGGGGGCAGAACUGGGGCCGGGACGGUCGCAACAACCGCUCCGGCUCGUCCCCGUACGGCGGGCGCGCGGGGGGACAGUGGGACGAGCCCCCACCGGCCGUUGCUUCUCGAGGCUUCGGCUCCAACCGCCUCCCAUCCCUUUUCUCCCACAACAUCAUCCCCGAGCUCAACAUGUUCCAGGGCAUGCGGGGAUUUUCGGGAAAUAUGCGGUACGGGGGAGGGAUGAUGAAACAACGCAUGAGGAGAAACUGGAGGAUGUGGGACUCGGAUUUUAGAAGAAAGAAAAUGAGGAAAGACCCCACGGCGAAGAAACGGAAGCAAACGAACAGCUCGGACGAGCCCGACAGCAAAGCGGCCAAGACGGACUGUUCCGACAACUCCGACUCGGACAACGGUGAGGAACUGGAAGGAGAAUCGGGGGAAAGAGAAGACAGAGAGGGUUCCAGAGGCGAGGGGGAGGAUGAAGAAGGGAGAGAUUCGGAGAAAGGUGCGCUGACCAUCCAGGAGGAGAUCAGCCAGAUCAAGCGCAAACUGCAGGCGGGGCGGAAAACCCAGGGCAGCAGAAGAAGGGCACGGGACCGCAUGGUGGAGAGGAUCCAGUUCGUGUGCUCGCUGUGCAAGUACCGAACCUUCUACGACGACGAGAUGAACAGUCACCUGGAGAGCAAGUUCCACAAGGAGCAUUUCAAGUUCGUGGGAACCAAGUUACCCCAACAAACGGCCGAUUUCCUCCAGGAAUACGUCGCCAAUAAAACGCGCAAAACCGAGGAGCGGCGCCAAGCGAUCGACGACAUCAACGCGGUGAUCCAGCAGAUCUACAGGGACCAGGAUCUCACGCAAGACGUGGGCAUGGAGCAUUUCAUCAAGAAGGUGGAGGCUGCUCACUGCGCCGCCUGCGACCUCUUCAUCCCCAUGCAGUUCGGCCUCAUCCAGAAACACCUCAAGUCGCUCGACCACAACCACAACCGCCGGGCCAUGAUGGAGCAGUCCAAGCGCUCGUCGCUCGUGGUGGCGAGGAGCAUCCUCAACAACAAGCUCAUCAGUAAGAAACUGGAGCGGUACCUUAAGGGUGAGAAUCCGUUCACGGACGACCCCGAAGAAAAGGAGGAGCACGAGGAAGGAGAAGGAGGAACCAGCGGAAACGUGGAGGAAGGAACAGCGGAAGGAGGGGAUGAAAACAAGGAUGAGGAGGAAAACCCGGAGGAGGAAAACCCGGAGGAGGAAAACCCAGAGGAGGAAAAUCCGGAGGAGGAAAAUCCCGAGGAGGAAAACCCAGAGGAGGAAAAUCCCAAAGAGGAAAACCCAGAGGAGGAAAAUCCGGGUGAUGAAACUAAAGAUCCCGACAAAUCGGAAGAUACAGAUCCCGAGAAAUCGGAAGCGGAAGGAGCCGAAAACGAGGGGGGAGCGAGAAGAACCGGAGACAGAGACACAAACGGAGGCACCAACGCAACCGGGGGAAGACGCGGAGCAGCCGGAUUCGGCGCCGGCCGAGGAAGAGGAUGAGGAGGAAGGUGAGGAAGCCGCCGCAGCGCCUGACGCCGAGUAACCGCCGAGUGGCGAAGACCCGUUGUUUCCUUUCGAAACCAUAUCCGUGAAUUUCAUAGCACACGUUCCGAGUUCUCAUUCUAAACACAUUUAGGCAGUUGAAGCCUUUACUGUAAAGUGGUUUAUUUUGAAAAAUAGAUGAAUUUUUGUCUCUUUUUGUUACCAAAUCUUCAUUUUCGUAGCUCGGUUUAGUGCGGUCUCUUUUUUAGAUGGCUUUGUACUAGGAGAUUUUCCUUUCGAGCAUGUGUGCAAACCUGUGCGACUUCAUCCGGCCAACGGAACUUAUUUCCCUUUAAAUUGACAUAUUUUCUAUAUUUAACAAAAAUGUGGUUUGUCCCCUUCGCUUGUCUGUCUGAAAACACCCCAAAUUCCAUUCCGGGGGGUUUAAUUAAGUUCUGCGUAACAUCCACGCGACCGUAACGUUCCCCCGGAUGUUUUAUUCUUCAUUGAAACGCGGAACGAAACUUAAACGGUGUCGACGUUGUGUUGUUUGUAAAAUGUUUUCAUUGGAAAGGUGGAUGUUUGGUGAGUGGAGAUAAAAAAGGACCUUCCUGA